AUGUCUAAGGUCACUCGAGGACCUGCGUGCCUUCCAGGAAGCACGCCCGAAGGCCAUCCUGCACCCCACGCACCCGAGCAUGUGGGAGCCAGAAACAUAAGACUUCAUAGAGCGACGAAGUGGCCUUCAAAACUGGACGAAGUGAUUGGUGGACAGAGCUGUCGUAAUAUCGAAACGCAAAGUCGAGAUAGCUGCGGCAAAUUGCUCCUCAGCACCAAGACCCCAACGAAAUGCGCUCUAUAUCCCCGGUUUACAUUCGCUCCCACGCAUAUUGCCUCCCGCCGUCAGAUUCGAACACGGCCCGGCAAAGACGCACAAAAGCUGCAACGAGGCCAGAAAGGGAACCUCGGCCGUGCUAUGCAAUACACCUUCUGCCUCUUACCUGCCUCUGCAGCUAUAGUAGGAGCAUUAAUGGAGGAGGCUGCACGCUGCAAAGCUAAAUGCGUUCUGAGAGCAAGCAGACGGCGAUGCAAAAGGGAUGUGAACUUUGAGUGA